AAAACACCCACAGCAUUAGAGCAAGUGUCCAGCCAUGAUGGUGUUCUUCUGGCAAUGUGUGUUGUUUUUGAGCCUAGUAUCUGCCCUGUUGGUACAUGCAGACAUGAAGCUAGACUGUAGGCCUGAUACGGUGACGCUGGUGUGGACAGAGAAUAGAUCCCAGGCUGAUACCUCGCUCUUUCGUCUGGGUAACUGUUUCCCCACCAGCUUCUCGCCCAGGGGAGCUGUUUUCAGUGUGGAUGUCAAUAAUUGUAACUUCAAGAGACUGGUUACUGGGAGUCAUCUGUUGUACACCAAUGAUCUGACCUACAUUUCCUCUCCCGAUUCUAACAUUCUCCCGUCCACUCACCUAGUUGUCUGUGAGUAUGAGAGGCCCAGGGACUGGUACCCUAUGAUGUAUUACCCAGAGUUUAAUACAUAUGGUGAAGGGGAUCUAGAGUUUCACAUUGGACUAAUGAAUGCUGACUUCUCAGGACCUGCUACAUCUACAAGUUUUCCUCUAGGCUCCUUAAUUCCAAUCAUGGCUAGUGUGGUGCAGAAGUCUCAUCAGCCAUUGCUGCUGCUUCUUGAGGAAUGUAUAGCAACUAGCACACCAGAACUGCAUCCUAAAAGCAGUAUAUACCCAAUAAUCACCAAUAAGGGAUGUCUUGUGGACAGUAAGAUCUCACGCUCAAAAUUUGAACCAAGGCAAACAUCAUCAGAGAUUCACCUAUCCCUUCAAGCUCUUAGGUUUGCUAAUGGAGAAGAGGUAUUUAUCCACUGCAGCCUUGUGGCUUGGGAUCCGUUAGGUCUUACUAACACCAGGAAGGCCUGCUACUAUGUCAAAGAUCAUGGUUGGAAACUGCUGGACAAUUCUGCACAUAGCAAUCUUUGUGACUGCUGCGAAUCCAGCUGCACAUCCAGGAGGGUGAGAAGUAUCAGAUCAGAGAAGCAUGGAGUAGUACAAAAAGCAGUCCUUGGACCACUUACCAUCACCAUGAAUUCCUGAGGAAUGGCUGCCUUAUGGACUGGUUUCCUUAAUCUGAAUUUGGUUUUAUUCUUGGUUUUGGAAGCUUCUGAAUGUUUCAUGUCUGCCUGAAUUUAUGAUUGUAACAUGGCCAUUAAAGAUUUAUCAAAACCAA